UUUUCUCCUCGGGCGGCUCUUUUAGAAAUACGCAUGCGCAGCCAAGAGAAGACGGUUGGGAGGGUUCGAGUGCUUCCUCAUUGGGUGCUCGCCUUGUGGUUCCUCCUCCUCCUUUUUUGUUAUCAAGCGCGCGGGCAGGGAUGGCGGUCUCAUGUUUUCGGGACAGCCAGAUCAAACAUCUGGAAUUCUUAUUGGAGAUCUUGGGUUCCUGAUUUCAAGUGGAUGACCACAGUUCCACCAGUGUGUGUUUGCUGUCAAUUCUGAAACCUCCGAUGGCACCUUUGUACUCCUGUUUUAAACAUUGCAGUUGAUUAAUGUGAAAAUCAGACUCUUUCAGCAUAGAAAUACUAUUUGAAAAAAUUUAUAAAUUGUUUUCUUGGUAAUUUCCUUGCAUUCCUAUUUCUUAACUGAGUAUUUUAUUAAUAGUUUACAGACACAGUUAAGCUUUAGAACCAACAUUAAUGUAUACUUAACAUUUUUAUGUGUCUGAUUCCAAUUAACCUUGUGUCCCUGAUUCAAUAUGAUUCUUCACUGGAGACACAAAUAUAAUGAAAAACUUCCUUUAAUAGUCCUAUUUCUAUUAUCACUUUCAUGUACUAAAGUAAUAGAAAUGACUGUCAGGACAUUGUAAUGCUCUAGGUUCUUUAAAACAUACAUUAAAAUACACAACCAACUAUUUCUAAGCUACAGACUUUCAAACUUUUUUAACGAAUGUAAAUAAUAGUGUGUAGUAUUUAUUUACAAACAGAAAAACAUAAUAAGAAUUUUUUGUAAACUGUUAGUAUUUUAGAAAUUAGGUUAAGGACUAAUCUAAUAGAUGCUGGAAAAUGUCUGAGAAAGGUAUGGGUUUUAAACCAGUAUACAGAUAAUAAAAAAUUCAAUACUAUGAAAUAUUUCCCAUCAAAUUCAAUAUGGGACAUUUUAUGAAAUAUUAAGACUGCUCUACUUGAAUGAAUUAUUUUGGAGAUAUUAAAAAUGACAUUUUAGGCACUAAAUUUAAAAUAAUAGUAAAAUAUGAACUACUGUUUUUGUAUAAAACUAUAUUUUCUCCAUGAUCAAUUAUCUGGAAGCAAAACAUGUCUCAAAUUCACAUUUUCUUUGGUGCGCCCAUCCUUCCAACUUCAUUAAAGACAUCAAAAGAAGAUAAAUUUUCAACUGCCACUGCUGAAACAUGGAAGCAACUGAGAGUAAAUACUUCAUUUACUAAAGACACUUUUAACCUUUGCACUAAAAAAUGUGGAUAUUCUGAACAUGCAGAACAUCUGGCAUUAAAUGAUUCUGUAUUGGAUGUCCAUUCCAAAGCACACUUUGAAAAAGGAUGUGGGCUGGAUGAUAGGUUUUUGACAGAGCAUGCAGCUGAUGCUGAAAGUGUAAAAUCCUCCAGCAAGAAAACUGAAGGGUUGGGCAACUUGACUGGCAACAACUGUGAUAUCUGUGGAGAUACAAGCACAGAUGACCAUGUGAAGCAUCAUGUAUAUCAGCAGCUUCCCAACUAUGUAGAAACUGAUGAAAAACAAAGUAAACACCCUGAAAUUGAUGAAGUUGGUGCCAGUUGUGGGGUGGGUAACCACCUUGAUGUUUUUUCACUGGUUUCUAGCAAUGAAAAUACCAAGAAUAUUAGCAGAGGGGUAACGUUUCUAGGACAGAAUGAUGACCCAUCAGACUUCCAAUGUAAUCCUCACAAGUUACUGAGUCAACACUUGGAGAUACAUUGCCCACAAAUAAUAAAGGAAUCAAAGACUGAAAAUUCACUGGAUGUAUGCUCUAGCCUUGCAGUAUCAGCAGACACUGAAUUCCUUAGCAUUCUGACAUCAAGCCAAGUUGUUCUGCUUGCAGGAAGACAUGCUGUAGACCAAAGUGAAAUACAAAGCAACUCUGUAAAGGUGAAGGGAACGAAAUUGGAUGAAUCUCAUAGGGAACUUGUGGAUCCACUUAUUAAAUUAAAUGAAAAUGGUGGUAUGUGUCCUAAUGUGACUGAGAGUCUUGCCUGCAAUUUCUAUGAAAGUUCUCUUGAACUGUUUGAUUCAGAUAGUGCUAUGAAAGAUAACUGCCUAACAUCCCUGAAGAAAGAAACUAGUUUUCAGGAAAAUGCAGGUAUACCUACCAGCCUUUUGCAUGCACCUGGUGACAAACUUAAUAAGCUGUAUAUUGAACCAUGGAAGAAAGGAAUACUGUGCUCUCAAGAAGACAACUCUCUUAAAAGGCUUCAAAUAUCUGAGGAUACCAUACCUGAAGCUAACUAUGCAUUUGCAGACCAGCAACUAUCAAAGAAAGCCAAGUUGAUUUGUUCUCCAGAUUGUCCUGUUCCACGAAUGGAGCAACUGAGAAUUUCAUUGUUUAAAAAAGCUCAGAAACAUCCAUCAUUGCUUAAAGAUUGUUGCUGCAAAGCUCAAAAGUACAAUGUCUUAGUUGCUGUACUACAUCCUUGCCAUAUAAAAGAAAUACAAAUAAAAUCAGGAACGAAAACAUCCUCUAAAGUCCCUUUAGGGACAAUUGUAGUUUUUGAUCAAUCAGAAAUACAACGGAAGAUUGUAUUGUGGAGAAAAACUGCAUUUUGGUCGCUUACAGUAUUUCCUGGAGAUAUUGUACUAUUCACAGAUGUCACUAUAUAUGAGAAUCACUGGAUUGGGGAGAUUAUGCUGCAAUCAACAUUUUCUAGCCAGUUAUUGAAUCUUGGAAGCUGCUCAACUAUUAAUCAGAAUGAAUUCUCCCAUAUAGUGGAUGUUAAUGUUCUUGAGGAUUUGGUGGCAUAUGUGUCUUCAGAGCAUGCCUAUCUUCAAACCCUCCCCAAAAGGCAACCACAGACUCUGAACAACAUACAACAUGUUCUUCUAGAUCAACUCAAGCCAAAUAUCUUGGUGCACGCCAUAGUGAAAAUUGUCAACAUCACUGUGCUAACAGAAUGUACAUAUAGUUACAGAGGAGAAAGACAAAGAAAAAUUAUUCUAAUAGUGGAACAAGUCAAGGAUCAGCAUUGUGCCUUGGUGCUUUGGGGAUCUGUAGCAGCCUACUAUCUUCAACUUCAAAGGAAAAGAGAUCACAUAUGGGACUUUAAGUAUCUGUUCACAAAACACAGUCCUGUUUCUGGUGAACUUGAACUGCACACAACGCCAUGGUCAUCCUUUGAAUGUCUCUUUGAUGAUGAUAGAAGAGCUGUUGAGUUCAAAGAGAAGUUUGAAAAGGAUGUCAAAUCAUUGAUGAGAGUGAGCAGUCUCACUGCACAUCUAGAAGAGAAGUGUUCUGGCACAAUCCAAGUGAAAGCCUGCAUCUCAGAGCUGAAAUUUGCGGUUGCCUCCUCUCCAUGUGGACAAUUGAUCUUUGAUGCUAAAACUUCAUUGCAACACAUUUUUGCUUCUCUUUCUCUGAUCACCUACACAGGCUGUGCAAAAUGUGGACUUGAACGACAAACAGAUGAUAACAAGAUUUACAAUCAGUGCUUUAGCUGCUUGCCCUCUAACAAAGUGAAAAUAUUCUACAGACCUGCACUGAUGACUAUAGAAGAAGAUGGAUAUGAAAUAUCUGUACGAGUUGCAUCUAAACUAAUGGAGAAGAUAUUCCUCAACAUUCCAGCAGAGUGGCUGAACAAGGCCAUAGAUACUUCCUUGGAUACCAAGUAUGGCAUGAUUGUAGCAGACCUGUGCCAUUCACUGCUCACAGACACUCAAGCAUCCUAUUGUUUGGAAAUCAGGAGCCAUUUUGUUCUGGAUGAAAACAGCUAUCCUCUGGAGAAGGAUUUUCAUCUGCUGGGUUUUCAUAUUGAUCUUUGAAGCAGAGGUUUCUAACAGGACUGAUCAGUUGCUUCCCCUGCUCCUCUUUCCAAACAAACCUGAGAUUUAAAAAUAAUAAUGAAAUAGAAAUUUUAUUUUUUUAUUUUUUACUUAAAUAUACAAGGUCUUCAGAUGUACUGUUUGCAUACAUCAUUGUAAUAUUCAUGAAUAGUAAUUAUUUCCAUGGAAUCUUCCCAGCAAGCAGUAAUAAACUGAGUUUUGUAACCAAA